AUGUCUUACCAACAGCAGCAGUGCAAGCAGCCCUGCCAGCCUCCUCCCAUGUGCCCACCUCCAAAGUGUCCAGAGCCUUGUCCUCCUCCAAAGUGCCCUGAGCCAUGCCCUCCUCCAAAGUGCCCUGAGCCUUGCCCUCCCCCACAGUGCCCUGAGCCUUGCCCUCCUCCACAGUGCCCUGAGCCUUGCCCUCCUCCAAAGUGCCCUGAGCCUUGUCCUUCUCCACAGUGCCCAGAGCCAUGCCCCCCUCAGCCAUGCCAGCAGAAAUGUCCUCCUGUGCAACCUCCUUCACCCUGCCAGCAGAAGUGCCCACAGAAGAACUUGUGA